CGGGUAGUGGUGUUCAAUGUUCUCCCAGACGCGUGCUAGUCGUGCGACAGACAGCACGUAUAAGAAAGGUGAGUCCCAGUCCAACCAUCCAUCCGAGCGUCGCCGUGUACUAGCCAUGGUCUGUGAGUCGGGUUCCCCUAAUCUAGUGACUACUGUACCACGUUACUCGUCUCUUACGAAACCCCUUCAUCUCGCCAAAAAAAAAAAAAAAAAGUCUGGGACUAAAGGCCACCGCUCCUGGUGUAUUUUCUUUCCGCCCGUGCUCCCCUUGCGUAUGGUCUGGUCCCUUCUUUUUAGCCAGACAGACUCUCUCGACGCGGGGACCCAAAAAGGAAAAUCCAUAGAAAGAAAAGCCUUCCGCGCGCGCGCCGCGAAAAGAAAAGCAAGAACAGAAAAACGCCCAAGCCCCCAUACUACAUCAUGACGGGUGGUGGCGUGGACAAGACCGAGUUUGAGGCCCUCGAGGUCGCCCGCGCCGGCGGGCACGAGGUGGAUGCCCUCAUCGACGACAUGGAGCGGCAGCUCGAGGCGAGCGGCGGGCUCGAGCGCGGCUUCUUCAACGUCGAGUUCCGCGACCCGCGGCACUUCACGUGGCUGCUCGUCGCCUUUGCCAGCAUGGGCGGCCUGCUCUCCGGCCUGGACCAGAGCCUCAUAUCGGGCGCCAACCUCUACCUGCCCAAGGACCUGGGGCUCGACGACCGCCAGAACAGCCUCGUCAACGCCGGCAUGCCGCUGGGCGCCGUCGGCGGCGCGCUGCUGCUGUCACCGACCAACGAGUACUUUGGCAGGAAGUGGGCCAUUAUGAUUUCCAUUAUGCUGUAUACGGUGGGCGCGGCGCUCGAGGCGGGCUCCAUCAACUUUGGCAUGAUCGUCGCCUCCCGCGUCAUCCUCGGCCUCGGCGUUGGUCUCGAGGGCGGUACUGUCCCCGUCUACGUCGCCGAGACGGUCGAGCGCCGCAUCCGCGGCAACCUCGUCUCUCUGUACCAGUUCAACAUUGCCCUCGGCGAAGUCCUCGGGUACGCCGUCGCGGCCGUGUUCCUCAAGGUGCCCGGAAACUGGCGAUAUAUCCUCGGGUCGUCGCUUGUCUUUUCCACCAUCAUGUUCGCGGGCAUGCUCUUCCUGCCCGAGAGUCCCCGCUACCUCAUGCACAAGGGAAAGACGCUCGACGCGUUCAAGGUGUGGAAGCGGAUCCGCGGCGUCGAGUCGUCCGAGUCGCGCGAGGAAUUCUUCGUCAUGACGGCCGCCGUACGCGAGGAAGACACCGAGGUCCACGAGGGUGCCAAGAACAAGCGCUACCCCUGGAUGGACUUUUUCACGUACGUUUUGCUGCUGUUGUCUUUUUUGAACCAGGACCUGCUUGGCUGGCAGCGACGCAGGUCAUGGUGUUGUUGUUUUUUGUUCCGGCCUCGCUUUGCUGACAGAAAGGCUGUUCGCAACAACAGUGUUCCCCGCGCGCGCCGCGCUCUCGUCUACGCCAACAUCAUGAUCCUCCUCGGCCAGCUCACGGGCGUCAACGCCAUCAUGUACUACAUGUCGGUGCUCAUGCACGAGAUUGGUUUCGACGCGGAAAAGGCAAACUACAUGUCUCUUGUUGGCGGCGGGUCUCUCCUGAUUGGCACCAUUCCGGCCAUCUUCCUCAUGGAGACGUGCGGUCGCCGCUUCUGGGCCAUCAUGAUGUUGCCGGGCUUCUUCAUCGGCUUGGUGCUCAUUGGCGUCAGCUACCAAAUCGACCUUGAAACGCACACCAUGGCCGUGGAGGGUCUCUACCUUGCUGGCCUUGUCAUCUACAUGGGCUUCUUCGGCUCCUAUGCCUGUCUGACCUGGGUCAUUCCGUCAGAAGUGUACCCGACAUAUCUUCGCAGCUACGGCAUGACCACCUCCGACGCGCUGCUGUUCCUCGCGUCCUUCAUCGUCACCUACAACUUCACGGCCAUGCAGGACGCCAUGACCAAGACGGGCCUGGCGCUGGGCUUCUACGGCGGCAUCGCCGUCAUCGGUGAGGUCUACCAGAUCUUCUUCAUGCCCGAGACCAAGGACAAGACGCUCGAGGAGAUUGACGAGGUGUUUUCGCGGCCCACCAUGGACAUUGUGCGCGAGAACUGGGCGGGCGUCAAGGAGAACGUAUCCAACCUCGCCAGCGGUCGGUUCCAAAAGGUCUUUGCCGACCAGACGAGGAGGAGGCCGAGCUUGCACAAUACUGUGCAGGAGAAGGAGAUUUAACUCUGUCCGUGGGGCUGCAUUACGAGCACAUGUACCCAUACCUAAUUGAACUCCAGCCGACGUUGUCGGUUCAUGUUCGUCAACCAAGUCCCCAAAGAUGAUACUCAA